AUGUCGACCGAUCCCUCUACUUACAAGCUCAACCAUACCAUGCUGCGGGUCAAAGACCCAAAGCGAUCGCUCCAGUUCUAUGAAUUUCUGGGCAUGAAUGUGAUCCAAAAGCUCGAUUUCCCCGAAUGGAAGUUCUGCAACUACUUCCUCGCCUACAAUGGACCCCACUCCCUCCAGGGCGGCGAUCGUCACUUCACCGACCGCAAUGCCGUGCUGGAGCUCUGCCACAACUACGGCACCGAGAAUGACCCCAACUACAGCGUCGUGAAUGGAAACACCGAGCCCUACCGUGGCUUCGGCCACCUGGCCAUCUCCGUGGACAACAUUGAGGCUGCCUGCAAGCGCAUUGAGGAUGCUGGAUAUGCAUUCCAGAAGAAGCUCACAGAGGGUCGUAUGCGUCAUAUCGCAUUUGCCAAGGAUCCCGAUGGAUACUGGGUUGAGAUCAUUCGCCGUGGAGAGGAGGACUUGUCCGAGACCACGGAUCCUGGCUCAUACCGUUUGAAUCACACCAUGCUGCGAGUCAAAGAUGCCGAAGCGAGCUUGAAGUUCUACCAGGAGUCAAUGGGCAUGACUCUGGUCCGCACUGCGGAGAACCCGGACGCAAAGUUCAACCUCUACUUCUUGGGAUACCCCAAGUCCAACCCCGAGAUCAAGGAGGGCGCCAAGAACGGAGUGGCCGAGUGGGAGGGUCUGCUGGAAUUGACCUGGAACUACGGCACCGAGAAAGAAGAGGGCCAGGUGUAUCACAACGGCAACACGGAACCCCAGGGAUUCGGUCACAUCUGUAUCUCUGUCGACGACAUUCAUGCCGCCUGUGAGCGAUUCGACUCGUGCAAUGUUGCCUUCAAGAAGCGCCUCACCGACGGUCGUAUGAACAACAUUGCCUUCGUUCUGGACCCCGAUAACUACUGGAUUGAGGUGAUUCAGAAUGAGCGUAUCAAGCGCACAUCCAACUGGGUGUCCUUGCGCGCUGCAACGGAGCUGUUCUCCGCGCGAAUUGACCAGUUGACUCAGUUCAUUUACGACCAGGGGCUUCAGCCUCCUUUGAUGCAGCCUGACGACGAGGCCGCCAUGAAUCGGGUACUUGAGACUCUCGAAAUCCCGAGAGCAGUAGUCAAAGCCAAUCCCCCCGCCAGAGGGGUGCCUCGUAAUGAAAGCUUUACACAGCCCAAAGGCGCCUCAGAAACGCAUACUGCACACCUCCCACCCCCCGAAGCCCGCGGCAAGCAGCCCGAGGAUCAGCCCCAGUUCUCGUCAACCGGGAACGUGACCGAAGGCGCCGCUUCUCCAGAAGAAGGACAGCUAUCCUCCAUUGCCCCCUGGACUCCGUUUGGGAUGGUACACGGGGUGCCGGAGAAUCAGAGCUACGUACACUGGGGCUUCACAUUGCCCACCGCUGAAAGUUUGGACACUAUUUAUGCCAAUAUCAACCAAGCAGGACCCCGAGUGCAAACGGAGCAGAGUUCCACAAACCACCAGCGGACUAUACCCCAUAACUCCCAGACAAUACCCAAUUCGAUACCUCAUGAUCGGGAUAAUGAAUCGGAUAGCGAGGAGGAAAAUGAAGCAGAGAAUGACGUGAUUGAGCAAUUGUCACAUCGCAUUGGAACACUGAAGCUUGCCGGAGAUGGACAUCUGCGCUUCUACGGCGCGACCUCGAACCUGAACCUUGUCGACGUCUCGGCAACACAGCAACGGCAGCGGCCAGAUGCACGAACAGUCCGUCAUGAUGGCCAGGACAUUCUGAAUCACCUGCGGGUGGGACAACCCGUGGACCAAGCAUUGGAAGAUCAUCUGAUCGAGCUUUAUUUCACAUGGCAUAACCCGAGCAUCUACGUCGUGGACAAAGAGAUGUACAUGACUGCCCGUCACAAAUGGCGGAAUGAAUAUGAAGACACACCUUUUUAUUCCGAGGUACUUACCAACGCCAUGUGCGCAAUCGGCAGCGCAUUCGAAGCGCGCUAUCAUCCAACUUUUAUCACCUUCCCUAAGUCCUUGGCCGAAUUCUUUGCCGACAGAGCCAAAGCCUUGCUGGAGAUCGAACUGGACUCUCCCUGUGUGGCAACAGUUCAGGCUUUGGUCUUAAUGAGCUCGCAUGAAGGAGCAUCCAACCGCGACGCCCGGGGCUGGCUCUACAGUGGAAUGUCGAUGCGGCUUACAUUUGACCUGGGCUUGCACCUUGAUAUGACCUCGUACGUCAAGCAAGGUGAUAUGAGUGCACAUGAAGCCGACGUUCGCCGGGCCGCAUUCUGGGGAAGCUAUAUUGCUGAUCAUUUCUGGGGGUUCUACCUUGGCCGUCCGUUCCGUAUGAACGCCGGAGAUGUGAGCGUUCCCAAGCCCGCGUCAACCUUGGGUGCAGAAAAGCAGAGCAUCUGGCAGCCAUACGGGCUGCAACACGGGCUGAGUGUAGCAGGACAGGGGCUACAGAACCCAAGUGAGCUCAUCAAUCGGCAAUUCGUCGUCCUUUGGGAAAUGGUAUCCCCGGUUGGUCAUAUCUUGUAUGGAUGCUCCGAUAUCUCGCGACACGAUCUUCAAAGGAUCACCUUCCAGGUCACGGAAGACCUCUUCGCCUGGAAAGCUAAUCUCCCUUACAUGUUGCAAGUCGACUUGAUGGACGACUCCACCCCAAGACUGCCUCAAUUGCUCAUGCUGCACAUGCAAUACCAUCAAAUUAUUAUCUUCUUUCAUCGCCCUUGGGUUUCAAAAAAUUACAUCCAACCGCGAAGCCCGCGCCAAGGGCCAGGCUACCAUCACGCCCGUCGCAUGUGCAUUGAGUCGGCCACAGCAGUUGCUCGUCUAUUGCACAUUUACGAAAAACACUACACUUUCCGUCGCAUGAAUAACCAAGUAGUUGCAAUCAUCUUCAGCGCGGCCCUCAUGCUCCUCUUCGUUACUGUAUCCUCUUCUUCACUUACACCCACCAAACUAGGCGAAUCCAGCAGCAUACACCCUGGGAACGCAGAAAUGGUCGCAUACUUGAAUCUCUGCUUCCGCGCACUCGACGAACUGGGACAAUCAUUCGAGAAUGCAAAGCGCACCCGUGACUAUCUCGUCACACUACAGCGACGCUGGCAAGCGCACAUGCGUCGUGCAGGGUCUGCCGCCAAAAGACAAAUUAGCAGUUCGAAUCUUUCAAACCUAUCUGGGGAUCAAGCAUCCAUGAACGCACUCUCAAGCCACGAUGCAGCCCGGAAAAAGACACGCGUCGUAGAUCGUUCUGUGCAGCAUCUGCAAUCACUCGACGCUUCAUUCCCCUCGGCUGUAGGCGGAGGCCUAGCAAUCUCCAGCACUCAUCAAUACGUGAAUGGUACGCAUCAGCCUUUGCAACAGUGUUUUUAUCCCAUCGAGCAGGGGAUAAGAGCAGAUGAGCAGGUCGAUUGGAUUGGCAGCGCAGAUGUGAAUGUGAUGUGUGAUCCUUCCGGGACCGAGAGCCCACAGCCGACACUGGAUUCUCUGUCGCAGGCUCAGUUCCACGAAUACUCCAACAUGUUGCCCGACCUUGGAGAUAUUGAGGGCUGGUGGAGUCCACCGCAUGGGACGCCCGGACGGUGA